AUGUCAAAAUCAUCGAUUUUAGUUUUGGGAUCUGCUACUGCCAUCUUCUUAAAUACACUUCUUGUUUUAUCUUUAUUCCAAGCGCAGACAGUUGAGGGUAUUAAAACUAUUUGGAGCAAAAAAACUGUCACUCUGCAAAAUGAUAUAGGUCCGAAUAUAACUUUAAUUAUCCAUUGCCGGUCAAGUGAAGAUGAUCUGGGUGAGCAGAUAUUAUAUUACAAACAAAAUUUCCAAUGGAGAUUCAGUGUUAAUGUUUGGGAGACAACUAAAUUUGUUUGUGAAUCAAGUUGGAAAGAUGCAACAAAAGGUGAUGGUCACUCAAAUAGAGGGUACGAAGAAAAGUUCACAGCUUACUCUCCAACCAGAGACUGGCACCAACGUUGUAACGAAGAUUGUUUUUGGAGCAUUCGUCGAGAUGGUGGCUACUAUGGCGAUGGUAAAACUGAAGGAGAAUCCAAGUUUCCGUUUCUAAAGAUGUUCUCUUACGAGUGA